GGUGGCUCCUCCGCGCUACAGCCGCCAUCAUCGUCCGUCCCAUCCUAUAGUAACCUUCCAAAGCAGUACCCGAUCUUUCCUCUCCAAUGUGUGUUAGUUGGGAGCGCGUUUACCGGUGUUCGCUGCUUCGAGUCAGCUAGUGUAAAACGGACGCUUCUGUUUCGCCCGAUCUUACCAUGCCCUAACAUCGAACAUUAAAUCCUCGCUUUUUCCCUCGUUCCUUCUCUUCUCUGUCUCUCUUUUUUUUCCCUCUCUUCUAUUUCCCCCUUUCCAACCUACCCUCCCAAAAGAUCUUAUUCUUUUUUUCCUUAAACUUUAUACGCGAGGAAGAAAAGAAAUACCUAAAGAAGAGAAACAAGUGUAAUUAGUGGGUAGAGGAGGUGGCGGAAAAGAAGAAGAAGGAGGAGGAGGAAGAGAAUGAAAUAAAAAAUUGAAGAAAGCUUUCCUUCUCGCGAAAGCCAGUGAAAUCAAAUUUCAAAUAUUCAUUAUUGUGUCUAUACAUUCUCCGAUUCUCUCGUUGCUCGUCGUCUUUCGUCGUUAAAUCGCGAGUGUAGUGAGGUUGCAUCGAGGAGAAGUGACAACUAAAAAAAAAGGGAAGAAAGAAAAAGAAAAGAAAAGAAAAGAAAAGAAAAGAAAAGGGAAGAAAAUGUGGUCGUGUUUUUGAUAAACGUAAACGUGAGAUAAAUUGAAAGGAAGGUGUCGAUCAACAGCAAGGGACAGACAGAAAAAGGGAGAGCACGGGGUGGAGAAACGCGAAGGCGAGUUCAAUCUAGAAGGAUGUGAUGCGAUCGAUCGGUCAUCUCGUAAAACCAAAUAGUGGAAUGAUAAAUUGAGAUAUAUAGAUAGAUAGAGAUAAAUAGAUAGAUAGAUAGAUAGAGAUAGAGAGAGAGAGAGAGAGAGAGAGAGAACCAAUAAGAUUUUCAAGCUCGGUGCGAAGGUCAGCACCUGAGAGAAGCGGAAAAGCGUCACGCGAGCGAAGCGGUGGCGUUUUCGUGCGGCGACAUCGCGUCCCGCCCAUUCGAGAUAGGUCAGACGCGAGGAACGAAGAACCAAGCGGUGGAACAAACGAACGGCAGAAUCAUUGACAUCGCGCUUCUCUUCGUCUUUCCUCUCGCUUCACGACGACAGCAUCUCCUUCUUCUCCCCCCGCUCUCUCCAUCAUUCUCCUGAGAGUUACGCACGGCGCCUUUCGGAGGACCAGCAACAUCUUGCACUCAUUUAAGAAGCUGUCUCUUAACGCCGUUAGAUCAGUCCCAUCGUAAUCGUCUAUUUCCAAAAGAAGCUUUUCUCUCCUAUCGUCGUCUUCGUCGUUAUCGUCAUCAUCGUCGUCGUCGUCGUCGUCGUCUUCGUCGUCACCGUCGUCGUCGUCGUCGGGAAACAUUGUGAAAAAGUAACUCGAUAGAUCGGCCUCUUUUUCGCCACCACGUGAGGCGACACCCUCCCAUUCGUCGUCAUCGUCGUCGCCGUCGUCGCUGCCUUCGCCUUCUCCUCCUCAAUAUAUAUAAAAUAGGAGAAGAAGACGAAGACGAAGAAAAAGAAGAGAAAUUUAUUCGGAAAAUUUGUCAACACUUUUCGAGCUCGUUAGAGAAAGGGAAGAAGAAAGAAAGGAAAAAAGAGAGGAAGAAAGAGAGAAGAAAGAAAGAAAGAAAGAAAGAAAGAAAGAAAAGAAAGAAAGGAAGGAAUUGAAAGAUAGACGUAAAGAGAAGGAAGAAGAAGAAAAGAAAAGAGUGAGAAAGUGAUCGAUAGUGCGUGUAGAGAACAGCAUCCGGCCGGUAUAUUCCGAGUUUCCGACUCAUUAAAUAGGUGAGAAAAACGGCGAACGCGAAAGAUAUUCCUAGUUUCGUCGGAAGUAAAGGAAUACGUGCACGAGAAUGCUGCGCGGCUGCGGCACUAAACGUCGUUGGACGAAUUCUUGAACAGACAUCGAGAUUACGUGGCCACGAAGGAAGGAAGGAUAUCGUCGUUUGGAUUGCGUCUCGCGUCCUCGUUGUCCUCGGCAACGAACAAGAGUGACACGCGCGAAACGCAAUACCGAUCGGUGUUUUCGCGAAUAUGAGCAUGACUCUUGUUCGGAACACAUUCAAAGAUUGCAGCGAGGACGAAGCAGGUGGUGCGGACGUAGCGACGACGGUGACGACGGCAGCCGAAGGCUGUGCCGCUGAAGCCACGUCGGCCGUACUCGACGAGGAUGGCGGCGGCGGCGGCGGUGGCGGUGGCGGUGGUGGUUGUGGUGGUGGUGGUGGUGGUGGUGGUGGUGGUGGUGGUGGUGGUGGCGGCGGAGGCGGAGGCGGCGAUGAUAACGAGGGAGGAUCGACGGUGAAACGAGAAAACGGCCAAACUUGUUCCCACUGCGGCAUACUCUUCCGGGACGCGCACGUACUUCAACUUCAUAUCGAGGACGCUCACAAGACGCUUUACUCGGUCGACAAAAACGAUCCAAACGCUCAAUUUUCUCAAGUGUCAUGCAAAGUAUGUAACAAGACCUUCGCUAACGUCUAUCGACUACAAAGGCACAUGAUCAGCCAUGACGAAAGUGCUGUGCUUCGAAAAUUCAAAUGUCCCCAUUGUGAGAAAGCUUUCAAAUUUAAACAUCACCUUAAGGAACAUCUUCGUAUACACAGCGGUGAAAAACCAUUUCAAUGUAACAACUGCGGAAAGAGAUUUUCACAUUCUGGCUCUUAUUCGAGUCAUAUGACUUCCAAAAAGUGCUUAAUCGUAAAUUUGAAGAAAUCGAGACAAAGCAGUAUAAGUAAUGUUGAUAAAUGCUCGAAGAAAACCCCAACGCAAUCGGUUCCUGGACGUCGCGAAGAUACACUUCUCGCGGCGAACAACAAUACUUUUUUACCGAUACUGCCAAAGCUUUCUCCUUCAGACUAUCAAGAAAUACGAGAAGGCGGAGGUAUUUACGAUGUGCCAAGUCUUCUACCCCAAAUGAUGGGCUUUAGUAGUUACUUCCUUCAAUCCUCAUUGGGAAAGAUAUUAAAUCAACUGCAUUCCAAGCGACUUGACGAAGUUGCCGAACAAUUCGAAAGUCAUCGAGAGACGAUGAGCCCAUCGACAGCGGAUUCAGAGGGUACGGAAGGUACCGAAGGGAAGGAAUCACCUGCUCCGAUCGAAUCGCAGGGGUUGGACGUUGUACGACGUAUUUUGGAAACUGUCAAUACCUCUGUCACGAAGCAAUUAUUAGAAGCAAAUGUAAAAAAAUUGUCUACCUCACCGGCCACUAUGAAACGAGAAUUCGAAGACGAUUAUCAAGACCAGGAUAGCGAAGUAUCGAGCGAGAUGACCCAUUAUCCUGAUUGGUCAGUAACGGAUCAGUACGACUCGCAAAGCGAAGGUUUGGCUGCUAAACUUGAAGAUGCUAAUCAGCCCCAUGGUAUUGCCAGGUUAACUUCCAAGAGGAAAGCCGAGGAUAGUUCCGAGCCGGAUUCCGAUGACGAAGAAGAUGGGAAUCAAACGCAUACAGAAAAUGGUAGGAGAGUGAGGGCGAGGUCAUUGAUAGAUGACGAACAAUUGGCUGUUCUCAAAGGUUAUUACGCUAUUAAUCCAAGACCAAAGAAAGAAGAGAUUAUUAUGAUAGCGAAUUAUAUUAAUUUUCCAACUCGUGUCGUCCAGGUAUGGUUCCAAAACUCUCGUGCCAGAGAUCGCAGAGAAUCGAAGAUCCCAGCGUUAUUACCUCUUUCAAAUCCAACUAAUCAAACUACGAUAGAACAACCAUUGGAUUUGUCAAAGAAAGAUGUCCUUACGAUAUCGCUCGUUAAAGAUGGUGAUACCUCCAACAGAAACGUUGCUUCUCCUUGCGAACAAAAGGAGGAUAAUUCUACUGUUCCAAAUCCAGACACGGACGAUCUCGAGGAUUCGCCUCUUGUUAUAGACGAAGAAAUUACCGAUUCUAUCGAUACGAAACGUACACCUUCGACGGUCGACGUCUCGCAAAAGAAUCAAAAUCAUGGGAACGCAAAAAAGGAGAAUGAGAAUCCAGUUCAAAUCGAACCGCCUACCACAGCAGAUACUGAGCAAGGACUUUAUUUUUGUGAUCGUUGCGACAAGACUUUUUCAAAACAUAGUUCUCUCGCGAGACACAAGUAUGAACAUUCCGGGCAAAGGCCGUACAAAUGCGUGGAGUGUCCAAGAGCGUUCAAGCACAAACAUCAUCUAACCGAACAUAAGCGGUUGCACAGUGGCGAGAAACCCUUUCAGUGCUCCAAGUGCCUCAAACGCUUUUCUCACUCCGGCUCCUACAGCCAACAUAUGAAUCACCGUUACUCUUACUGUAAACCAUACAGAGAGUAAAUUUUCGAGCGUUCUUCGUCCUAUGUCCGCUUCGUUGGCCGAGUACGUACGGUUCUUUCUCCUUUCAAACAGAAAAAUCGCAUUUAAUUUUUCUAAUUAAUCAAGUAUUACAUCCAUCGACGUGUUUCUUUUUUUUUUUUUUUGUUUAUUUUUUUUUCUCGAUCAAAUCAACGCGAAGAAAGGAAAGCUAUUGCGCUACAUUUCCUUUCGUUUUCUUUGAUUUUUGUUUUGUCAAUCAUUUUCAAGAUUUCACGAGAAACUAAACUCUUCUCGUAUUCCUGUUCGUUGUAAUCGUGCCACGAGGAGAGAACGAUACCAUCCCUCGUUUGGGUUGGAUCGUUAUGUACUUGAGCUUUUCCAAGUUCUCAGCAAACUCGUUCGAUACGCAACCAAAUUUAAUGAUUUAGGUAAAAAUUACCAAUGAAUAUGCGUAUCGGCGAAUACGCUAAAUAAGAUAACGUAACGGUACCAAAAAUGCAUAAUGCAAUAAUCUCUCUCUAUACACAUAACACACACACACAUACACAUAUAUACACAUAAAGGUGUGUGUAUAUAUAACACACAUACACGAUAUACAUACAUAUACCAAACACGGUACACAAAUAUAUAUAUACUAUAAGAUAUGAUAUACAUAAUAUUUUAGUAUUUUUAUUAACAAGAUAUUAUAUAUACCAUGACAAUAAUAAGGAAACUAAUUAAUGUACAAAUUCGUUAGCUACGUUCGCCUGGGGGAGUGUGAUAUUUAAAAGUCCAUUCGCAUUUUUAAACGCGAAGAUUCAUAUAUAUCUGAAAUAUAACAAACGCAUACGAGUUACGAUAAAGACACGCAUAUUAUGUCGAUCAGAAAUUACAUUAUUGAUCUUCUUUUUAUAUAUCUAUGUAAUUUUUUUUGUGACUCUUUUGGUUUUCUUUUUUUGUUUAUUUUUUAUUUCUUAAUUUUUGUUUUUUCUUUUAAUCAACAAAAGAUUAUAUAUUUACAAUUAAUAUGUAGAUAUUAUAAAACUCAUCGUUUCACUCCUCUCGCUAUAAAUGAGCUCCUUUUUCUUUUUAAGUCGAAAUGAAUAUAAGAACAAAAAACGGGAGCGAUCACUUGAAAUGAAUAAAUUAUUCCGCGUCGCUAUUAUCAAAGAGGAUCAAAAGUAACAGAACGAAGGACACUUGAAAUUGAACGAUCGUUAAUGGAGCUUACGAUAAAAUUGGAUCGUUGUAUAUUAUUGAACUCGCAUUAUAAGUAACUUUUAAAUCUACAGAAUGAUUAUAUUAUAAUAUAUGAACAUUAUAUAUAUAUAUAUUAUAUAUAUAUAUAAUAUAUAUAUAUAUAUACAUAAAAAAAAAGAAAAAGAGAAAAAAAGAGAGAAAACGUAUGCGUGUUGUGCGUGUAUGCGUGUGUGCGUGUACGUCUGCACAUAUAUAGGAUAAAUCACUCAAAAUUCGUCAUUUGAAAUGUCUGUCUUAUUUCGAAGGAUUAGAAAAAAGAAAACAAAAACACGUUAAAGUACAAACUGGCAUAGUCUUAAAACAAAUAAUACAGUGACAUGAUUACAUGAUAUAUAUAUAUGUAUGUACGUAUGUGUGUGUGUAUAUAUAUACAUACAUAUAUAUCAAUUUCUUUCUUCGAAGAUAUUUAUACUAUACAAUUUUGUCUGUGGAAACAAGUUUCUUAAACUGUCUUUUAAAAGCAAAGAGGUGGGAGAGAGAGAGAGAGAGAGGAAGAGAGAGAAAGAGAGAGAAAUAUUUCAAAUACGAAUACUCAAGUGAGUCAUUUCCUAUAGAUACAGACAACAAACAGCACGCACGAUAUUAUCGAACGCCGUUCGAAAGGGCCUUGCAAAUCGGUGAAUGAUGUCAUGCGAGAACGUCGUCUCCAUUACGUACUUAUGGUCUUACGAUUAUUAAAUCAAAAUUUUAGUCGAUUUUCAAUGGUCGUUCGCAAUAGAAAUCACGCUACGCCUUCCAAAUAUAUUUAUAUAUACUUACCUAUGCGUAUAUGUAUUAUUACAAGAUCAGUUAAAAGACAAAAGGAAAGAAAAAGAAAGUCAUUUUGCAAAGUAAGUCAUUUAUAGGGCGAUCUUUUUAUUUUCUCAUUAUUUAUUUUUACUUCUUUCAUUCUCAUCGAUAAAUCAUUCGAAUUAAUCGAUCAAAAUUUGCCGAUGAAGUAUUGCAAAACUUGAUAUAUAGAACAUAUAAAUAGCGACGACGAAUAAAGAUAAAAGAAAGGAAAAGGCAAGAAAAAAAAAUUGAUGACGACGACGACGACGACGACGACGAUGAUAAUAAUAAUAAUAGUAAUAGUAAUAGUAAUAAUAAUAAUAAUAAUAAUAAUAAUAAUAAUAGUAAAGUAACGACAAUAAUCUCGCAAUAAUUUCAUUACCGAAAUUUCGAGGCCCGAUAAUAAGAUCUACAUACGUAUGAUAUUAAAUGCUUCCAAUACACUAUACGACGAAAAAAAAUGAUUAUGUCAUUUAUAUGAUUUUAUUCGCUCAAACGCGCAGGAGUAAAAAUUAAGAAACUCCAUAGAUAUUGAUAAUACUCGCGAAUGUGUAUUUUAUAACAGUUUAUGCGACUUUUUAUUUACACGCGCCAACAAAACGAUAAGUGAUAUUGUUAUUGAAAAAAAAAAUGAUAAAAAAAAAACAAACAAACAAAGAAGAAGAAGAAGAAGAAGAAAAAAGGAAAAAGAAAAAAAAGAAUAAGAAAUAAGAAAAAUAAAUGGAGAAAAAGAGAAGAUAAUAGAAGAAGAUACCAUAUAUAUUAAUUAUGUAUCAAAACGACAUUACAUUCGGCAAUAACGAAUAAUGUCGGGUCUUGUACUUCCUCAUACGCGUACAUAGAAGCUUCGGUUAUCCGCGACAGGCAUCGUGACCAUAUUAAGAGAAAGAAAUAUGAUGCUUAUAUAAUACUCAUUUAUUAUAGUGUUAAUAAUUAAGAAAUAUAUUUUUAUAUAAUUAUAACGUAAUAUUAUACGAUACGAUAUAGUACUAAUUGAUCGCUAUACUAUGCCAUGAUCGCUAUACAUCAGAUCUCUUUCUUGAACUCUCGCGUGCAAGACGAUUCUAUAUUUACAUUUUCUCUUUACCGUCCUCGUUCAUAAAUCGAAUUCGAUUUUUCUCUCUCUUAAGAAUCGUGUCAUAUUUGAAUUGUUUCAUUUUUCAUACAAUCGAUCUUUUAAUUUAGUUCUUUCUUCUUAUCCAAGUACAUAUUAUAUUUUCAUAUUUUUGUCGUCUUGCACGAGUCAUUACACUCGAUUAUCGUGCGCAAAUCUAUCAAAUCUCUCGUGUUUGUUCCUUCGUUAACACCGAUUAUAAUUAAAUAUACUUAGAGCAAAAGUGUGGCUAAAUGAAUUUAUUGGCUAUAAUAUUUUAGAAUAAGCGAUUAUUGCUUUCAGAUGAUCGUUAUUAUUAUUACAUAAAUGCACGGUGAAAUGCUUUAAAACAUAUAAGUAAACACACAAAUACACACACACACACACACACACACACACACUUCUGCGGCUUUUUCCCUCUUCUCUCUUCGAUCAAAAAAAAAAAAAUAAUAAUAAAUAAAUAAAAAUAUCGUAUCUACUUAGUUUGAAAAACGUUACGAUAUAGAAACGAAAGAAUAUGCCAGGAAGCUCUUUAAAGACAAUAACGCGUAUCUAACGCACGAUAUACAAGUUGGUUCAUUAGAAAACUAAACAUCUGAUUUAUCUGGUACGAAUUGAGAAUAAUAGAAUAAUAAUGUCAGAUAAUAAAAUUUAUAUAAUUUUAUUGUCUGAGAUUACCUUCCUAACUCUCAUAUUUAUUUAGAGAGAUAUUUGGAUAAUCGGUUUCUAAUGAAUCACUCUGUAUAUAGAUAUAUUGACGUUCCACAUUUGCCCCAAAAAUUAUAUGUACACUAAAUAAUUAAAAUUAGAUAGAUGUAUCGAUCGGUGCAAGCUGAUAGGUCGCUUUGAUGAAUCGAAAUGAAGCUCCGUUAUUCCUUAAAUCUAAAUUAUUGUAAUCCUAUAAAAAAGAAAAAAAAAAGAAAAAAAAAGAAAGAAAGAAAGAAAGAAAGAGAGAAUAAGAGAGCAAAAACAGAAAUGAAAAAAAAAAGAAAAGAAAGAGAAGAUAAGAGCGGAGAAAAGAGAUAAGAAAAUUGUUAACGAUUGUUGAAGCAACGAUUUAAUAAGCACCAUACGAUGCCUUGCGUGAACGACCGAGCUUGCCUAACUGUCGAAGGCGAUUAAUAACGUACUAUAUAGAAGAUAAUAAUUCGAAUAUAAAAAACGAAAUCUUCUUAACCGAAGGCCAACGGUUGCUUCCAUGAUUCUCCUUAAAAAAUGACGACCGCUAUUAAAUAAAUAAUAUCGCGAUCUAAUGUAAUAGCCCUUCGAAUCAGUUUUAUCUUUUAUUUCUCUUGUUUUCUUCUUUUUCUUAAUUUUUGAUCUUUAUUUUUGUUCUUCUUUUUCUCUAUUUUUUUUUUUUUUUUUUUUUUUUUUUUUUCCCUAUAUAAUAUGUACGUGACAAAAUACAUGCGUAUAUGUGCGACAGGAGAUCGGUGAUAUUUUUUUAAAAGAAUAUGUAAUUUAUACGAAACGUUUUGUUACGGCGACAGAAUCAAUUGUGAUUAUAAGAUCCUCAGGAGUAUCGCGGAGUAACUACGAUCCUUCGCAUUAAACUGUACUCGAUGAAUACCAGUGGUUAUACCAUUGAGCUUUCCAUGACUAUGUUACGUAAGCAAGUACCAAAAAAAAAAAGAUAUAAAUAAAUUGUAUAUAUGAGAAAUAAUCGGGGAAAGAAAAAAAAAGAAAACCACCGCAGACAAUAAUGUACCGUUUCUUCUAGAUUAUUAGAAAGCGUAAGCAUUACACCAUAGUAGGGAUAAUACAUACGUCUUAGGAAUAAAAGAAAUAAAUUUACUAAAAAUUGGUACGUAAAUAUAUAGUAUAUAUAUAUAUUAUAUACAUCAUUACAUUUAAUCGACAAGAAAAAUAGCGACGUGGAUGUUAUUAUUAUGGUGAUAUGUAAUAUGCAACGCGUACUUGAAAAAGAUUAAUGAAAAGUGAAAAA